AUGAUAACUUCCAUAGAGUCACCGACAGACACCUAUGGCUCAGUACGCGAAAGGAUAGCACGAUUCGAAUCGCUGCAAGAUGGGCAAUUCAAGAAAACAUCACCGGAUAAGUUAUCGGUUGAUAUCGUUGUUACACCAGGAACUCCUGUACCCGAACUGGAAUCAGAUCAUGAAGAUAUAACCCAGGAACCCCUUAGCCCCUCCAUAGAAUCGGAGGUCUCUCAGGCAGAGGUGAAAAGUUCGCCUUCAUAUAAUGGAGAAGAGUUCAUGAUAAGAUCGCAUGAAGAACAACAACAAGAAAGUAAAACAAUUGACGAAGUACCCGAGGAACCUGUGGUAGACGAGAAUAUACCUACAAAGGAAGCUGUAACGGUGUUCACUGAACAGCCCAGGACGUUUAUUGAGACAACGAUAGAAGAAAUAAUUCAGCUAGAGGAACGGUCCGAAUCUCCUCAAAACAUUACAGACGCAAUGGGCUUAAGUCGAGAAACGAAGGUAAGCGAGGAGAGAUUAGCCAUGCCUCCUUAUGAAGAAAUCACUGAAGUUCCGAAAACCGAUGAAAAACUAGAUACAAGAAAACCAGUAUCACACGAGUAUCUUCCCUUCAAGGACAUAUCUACUACAAAACCAGAGGACGCCGAUUUGUUCCCAGAAGAUCAAGAAUAUCGUACAGUAAAGAAAACGGUUACCACUGUAACAACGACCCGCUAUGUAGAGCUGCCGGAUGCCGCAACGACAGCUGAACAAGAAGAGAAACCUAGUGAUUUGCCACCAAAAUACGAACAGGUGGGCGAAAUUUCGGAGGAAAUUCCUGCAGUGACAAAGACAGUAACAACUAUAACGACAACGCGACUGAUAGAAAUACCAGAGACGAUGCAGCCAGAAGCCCUUCAGAGAGAAUAUCCGGAACAACCAGAAACAGAAGGUUCUAGGAACAUCUUUGAGGAGUAUCCAGAUUCCGAGGAGACCACUAUCACUACGACUCGCUACGAAAAGACCAAGGACCAGGUGGAUGCUGUGAGAAGAUCCGAAGAGGAUGAAGAAAAGACACCUGAAUUCCAAAAGCGAUUUGAGCAGGAGUGGCCGGAACGAGAAGAAUCUCCUGUCACUGUGGUGGAGCGUGAAGAGCGCCCAAUCGUGACAGAAGUGGUCACAACUACGACGAGAUAUGAGAUGGAAAGUCCAGAAGAGUUCGAGAAACGAAUGGAAGAAGUGUCGCAGAAGCCCGUUGAGGAAUUCGAGCGACGCUAUGAGGAGGAAUCUCCGAAACGAGAGGAAAUGGAAAGUCCGGAAGAAUUCGAGAAGCGACUGGAAGAAGUGCCACCAAAACCGGAGGAGUCACCUAUCACUGAGGAGCGUGAAGAGCGCCCAGUCGUGACAGAAGUGGUCACAACUACCACGCGCUAUGAGAUGGAAAGUCCGGAAGAAUUCGAGAAGCGACUGGAAGAAAUGCCACCAAAACCGGAGGAGUCGCCUAUCACUGAGGAGCGCGAAGAGCGCCCAAUCGUGACAGAAGUGGUCACAACUACGACGAGAUAUGAGAUGGAAAGUCCAGAAGAGUUCGAGAAACGAAUGGAAGAAGUGUCGCAGAAGCCCGUUGAGGAAUUCGAGCGACGCUAUGAGGAGGAAUCUCCGAAACGAGAAGAGUCACCAGUAACUACCAUGGAGCGUGAACAAUAUCCAGUAGUGACGGAAGUGGUCACAACUACGACGAGGUAUGAGAUGGAAAGUCCAGAAGAAUUCGAGAAGCGACUGGAAGAAGUGCCACCGAAACCGGAAGAAGAAUAUGAGAAGAGGUGGGAAGAAAUAUCUCCGAAACGGGAGGAAUCACCUAUCACUGAGGAGCGUGAAGAGCGCCCAGUCGUCACAGAAGUGGUCACAACUACCACGCGCUAUGAGAUGGAAAGUCCGGAAGAAUUCGAGAAGCGACUGGAAGAAGUUCCACCGAAACCGGAAGAAGAAUAUGAGAAGAGGUGGGAAGAAAUAUCUCCGAAACGGGAGGAAUCACCUAUCACUGAGGAGCGUGAAGAGCGCCCAGUCGUCACAGAAGUGGUCACAACUACGACGAGAUAUGAGAUGGAAAGUCCAGAAGAAUUCGAGAAGCGACUGGAAGAAGUGCCACCGAAACCGGAAGAAGAAUAUGAGAAGAGGUGGGAAGAAAUGUCUCCGAAACGGGAGGAAUCACCUGUCACUGAGGAGCGCGAAGAGCGCCCAAUCGUGACAGAAGUGGUCACAACUACGACGAGAUAUGAGAUGGAAAGUCCAGAAGAGUUCGAGAAACGAAUGGAAGAAGUGUCGCAGAAGCCCGUUGAGGAAUUCGAGCGACGCUAUGAGGAGGAAUCUCCGAAACGAGAAGAGUCACCAGUAACUACCAUGGAGCGUGAACAAUAUCCAGUAGUGACGGAAGUGGUCACAACUACGACGAGGUAUGAGAUGGAAAGUCCAGAAGAAUUCGAGAAGCGACUGGAAGAAGUGCCACCGAAACCGGAAGAAGAAUAUGAGAAGAGGUGGGAAGAAAUAUCUCCGAAACGGGAGGAAUCACCUAUCACUGAGGAGCGUGAAGAGCGCCCAGUCGUCACAGAAGUGGUCACAACUACGACGAGAUAUGAGAUGGAAAGUCCAGAAGAGUUCGAGAAACGAAUGGAAGAAGUGUCGCAGAAGCCCGUUGAGGAAUUCGAGCGACGCUAUGAGGAGGAAUCUCCGAAACGAGAAGAGUCACCAGUAACUACCAUGGAGCGUGAACAAUAUCCAGUAGUGACGGAAGUGGUCACAACUACGACGAGAUGGAAGUUCCAGGAAGAUAUGAGGAUACGAAUGGGCAUGUCGCAGAAGCCCGUUGAGGAAUUCGAGCGACGCUAUGAGGAGGAAUCUCCGAAACGAGAAGAGUCACCAGUAACUACCAUGGAGCGUGAACAAUAUCCAGUAGUGACGGAAGUGGUCACAACUACGACGAGAUAUGAGAUGGAAAGUCCAGAAGAGUUCGAGAAACGAAUGGAAGAAGUGUCGCAGAAGCCCGUUGAGGAAUUCGAGCGACGCUAUGAGGAGGAAUCUCCGAAACGAGAAGAGUCACCAGUAACUACCAUGGAGCGUGAACAAUAUCCAGUAGUGACCCCGCGCAAAUGUGAGGAAGUGAUAACUAGCGACGAGGUAGACUGGAAAGUUCCGGAAGAAUUCGAGAAGCGACUGGAAGAAGUUCCACCGAAACCGGAAGAAGAAUAUGAGAAGAGGUGGGAAGAAAUAUCUCCGAAACGGGAGGAAUCACCUGUCACUGAGGAGCGUGAAGAGCGCCCAGUCGUCACAGAAGUGGUACAGCUACCACGCGCUAUGAGAUGGAAAGUCCGGAAGAAAUUCGAGAAGCGAUGGAAGAAGUGCACAAGCGCGGAGGAGUACUAUCAGGAAGAGCGCGAAGAGGCCAGUCGUGAAGAAGUGGUCACAACUACGACGAGGUAUGAGAUGGAAAGUCCAGAAGAGUUCGAGAAACGAAUGGAAGAAGUGUCUGAGAAGCCCGUUGAAAAACGCUAUGAGGAGGGAUCUCCGAAACGAAAGAGAAGUCCAACAAUGCAUUGGAGUGAACAAAUAUAG